AUGGCCCGGCGCCGUCGCGUCCGUCCCGCGUCCGCCCUCGAAUCCCUCUCACCGCUAUGGAUCCUUUCCCAAAUCAUCCUCCUACAAGCUGCAUUCUACGUCGUCGCGGCCAUACUUUUCCUCUUUACGACGUUGGUGUUAGGAUCGGCUUUCUCGUUGGAUCUGAUGUUUUCUUGGGUUCCCUUGCAGGCUGAUAAUGCUGUCGGAUGGACUUUGGCGAUGGUGUGGAUUUGUAAUAGUUUGACGAAUGUAAUAUCAAUAACCCUCCUAAUAAUCCGUACAAAAUUCGUCCUCGACUUCGCGCUUACGAUACAUUUUAUCCAUUUAAUAAUAACUUCGCUAUACUCGCACUCCCUACCUUCGAGUUGGUUAUGGUGGGCCGUACAACUGGGGUCUAGUUUGAUAACUAUUUCUUUGGCUUCUUGGUUAUGUCAGAAACGGGAGUUGAGGCCGUUGAAUUGGGGCGGUGGUGGGGCUGGGAGGGGUAGGAGUAGGACUGUGGGGAAUAGAGAGGCGGGACAGGGACAUGAGAUGGUGCCUUUGAAGGGGGAUCAGGAGGUUCCGUGA